AUGGUGACGUGUCUCAACCAGUUAGUGAACCAUUUCGAGGCUCUAAAAUCGAGCCUUUUCUCCUCUUCUGUCGGCGCAACGUUCGAAUCCGUUGGCGUACAAACCCUUCCAAGCACCCACGAUGCGACAACAGAAUGUCGUCCUCGGGAUUUCGCUCUCUCAGAGAUAUCUCCAAUGCUUCCCAUCACCUCGAUGGCCACUUCGGACGGCUCUGUCGCACCCUCGACCUCUCGUGAGGUUCCAAUUCGUGUUCCGCGUCAUGAAUGUGUCUUCUCCAACUUCCGUCCUGAUGAUUUGGUCCUCUUCAUCCCCAUGGUCGGCUCGGAUAGACAUCUGCAACAAAAGACAGCCGAAAACGUUUCGACCGGUGAAAAGGCGCUGUCAAGUGGUGAAAGGCCGUCUCUGUGGGGUUCGCGUUCCCUCGCACUGCUCUCAUCGGCCAUUAUCUCUUCCUCUCUUUCAUCACCAGACACGGGCGCCGUGGAACAGUGGCGGAUGUUGUCGAAUGAUGGACACGUCUACUUCCUCCACGAUGACGAUUUUGAAGCCUUCAAUUUGACUCGUCUCUCCUCUCUACCGGCUACUAGUGCUCCUGGUCGUGCCCCGAAGGACUCCUCCCCAUCGGGAAUCGUUGUGGAUAACGCACUGUCACUGGCAAACCGCGCGCUGCCCUACAUUGUUGGCGUCUUCCAAAGCAAAGAGAAAUGCAUAUCCAGAAAGGAUGAGAAUCGGUUUAGUCUACCGCGGAAUUUUAUCUUCUUCCGAGUUCGGGCUCGACCGCUUUGA